CCUGCCGCGCUGAUGGAAGCACAUGUAGACACAGAUCCGUCCUCCACCGCAGGCAACAUCGUACGCAGCGCUGGAAGAAAAGUGCAAGGGAAGCCUAAGCCUUGACUGGCAGUGUGGGGUUUCACAGCAGGCGAGCGAGCAUUGCCAUCUUCACGGCCGGGAUGUUGUUCGGGUGCUGUAUCAGCUCCCCGGUGUCGGCCAACAUACGCCUAUACAGGACGGUGCCCGACAUCCCGAAGUCUAUGUUCAAGAACCAUGCCACGUUAAAUGGCAACGUGGUUACCGUGUCGGACGGUGACAGUAUCCGGGUGAGGCACAAGCCCAACAUACCCCUUCCUCUGCCCAAUCGAGACAUGACUGGCAAGAAGAACUCCGAGCAGACCUUGCAGGUCAGGCUCUACGCCGUAGACUGCCCCGAGGUGGCACACUUCGGUAAUCCGGCUCAGCCGUUCAGCGCGGAAGCAAAGGCGUUUACCAAGGAAGCGUUGCAAGGGAAGCCGGUCAAGAUUAAACUGUUGAGCAUGGACCAGUACAACAGGGCGGUGUGUAGGGUGCGGUAUGGGAAGUGGCCUUUCCGGAAGGACAUCUCUGCAGAAUUGCUCAAGAACGGCCUCGGCGUCGUGUACAGACAGGGAGGCGCUGAGUACGACGGUCGAGAAGAAAGUCUGACGGAGUAUGAAAACUCGGCCAAGAGGCGGAAGGAGGGUGUGUGGUCGCGAUCCAACGGGGAAACACCCGCGCAGUACAAGGCGAGGAUUAAGCAACAACGGCCGGCGGCGGCCGGAGGGAAAUGAAAUCGUAAUCGUGUGCGUGCUGCUGUAUGUUGGAAGAAGUGAAGUGAGCAAAAGUUACCGCCGGUGGCGCGGCGCGUGUAACUUUCCUGAGAAAUCCCCCCACGGCCACUCCGUGCUUGGCGGGUGAUCAACGGGGUUCAGGGGUGAGCAUUGGUUGACGCAAUGCUUUUGGUUUUCAUGCAGUCCGCGCGUUCGGUGAGGUUGGUUUUAUCAGACUACAGUGGGGGCCCCGGUUUAGCGACCCCUAGUGUCACGACGAAAUAUGGUCGCUAUUCAGGGUAUGUCGCUAAACCCGGUUUAGCGACCAGUGGUUGCUAAACCGGGAGCCUCUAUAGCGACUAGCGGUCGCUAAACUGGGAAAAAGCGACAAUUCGUGGGACUAAAGGCCGUAUUGCAGAAACCUUCUUGACCGGGUCAUGUGUGCGUCGUAUUGCAGCAGUCACAUGAAGGUAGAGGAAAGAAGAAGCACCUUAGGGUGGACAACCGGGGACUAGUUCCUACAUGGAAUGUAUUCCAAUUUACCAGCAAGCUUAUUGUACCAUCCGAAGUUUGUAGGAAAAGUCUCAACAACAAAUGUACAGAGGGUGCCUCGUGUCUUUCCCCCAUGCUGAACAAUCUGCCUCUACAUGUACAUUGACCAUAGAGUAAGUCCUAUCUGCGAAGUAUAACAAAAGAAAGGUGGGGGAGGGG